CGCGGCAUCGCCUGUCAACAAUCCGCGGUUGAGUGAGGAAGAUGGAAAGGUGAGUGCGGCCUCCUCCACUGCAGCGGGCUCACCUGGCUCCCCCAGCACUGGAAUCCCCCUCUGGGAAAGGCUCACCCAUCAGUUUGACCUGCCAGGACUCCUGAGAUGAGCAAUGAGUGGAAGGGAUCUUCGAAUGUUCAUCACAAAUCACAGAGCAGAUGAUGCAGAGAAACUGGUUAUAAGAAUGAAAUAUGGCCUUGCAAGUCAGAAGUAUAAGCCAGUUGACUAUGAACAACUUAAGGCUCUUGCUGAAGCCAAAAAGGUGGCAUGUCUUCACACUGAUCUUAAGAUUCAGAAAAUCUUGCAAGCAGGAAAAGUAAACAAAGAACAUACUUUGAUUAAUCAACAUCAGCGGGUAUGGUGGAAGGAGCAUCCAAGACUGAUGGAAGUAAGGAAAAAGAUAGAAUUACAGCUUCAGCAAUUACUUGAAGAUGGGAACACUGAAAAUGUAUUCUAUUUCGAAAUGAAAGAAUAUGGUGCAAUGUUGCAAAGAGACCAAGAAGCUUUUAGAACAGCUACAGUGGAUCCAAUCUUGCAAUUGAAAAAAGACUUGAAACAAAGGCUGAUUGAAAUACAGCAUUGUUACCAGGGUGAUGGACUUAAUUCCUGCCAGAUACAGCAGCAGGUGGAAUCUGUAAGAACCCAACAGAAAAUGACAACAGACAUGCUUGAACAAGAGAGAAGCAUCUUGGAAGAACAGAUCAAAAAUAUUGAAUUUGAGGAAGAAAUCUCUCCUCAUCUUGAUGAAAUUCCAGAGGAUGUGCACUACUUGGAAUGUCCAUAUCUCAACUUGAAGGCCUCUGUUCUGCAAGAGUUCCAGAACCUGAAUGCAAAAUACAAAUCUCAGCUAGAGGAAAUCAAUCACCAACUUAAAUUUAUGGACAGGAAUUGUGGUUGGAGUGAAGAAGAUCAUUGGACAUUUCUAGUUAUUGUGGAUUUGUAUUCUCAUGAGACUCAGAAUCGAAAUAUGCUCUACAUGGAUAUGCUGUUGAGGUUGUUGCCACACAAGUCCAGGCAAGAACUGAUUGAUCACUGGAGAUUAUGGGAUGGAUUUCAAUUUAAGAAAGAGCACCGGAGAGUUCUGAUUCAGAGUUGGACCCGUGACAAGAAAGACUUGCUUAUGAAGACAGUGAUGAUAUUUGCUGAAGCUUGUAUUGCUCAUGAGACUGACGUAUUGCUGGCAAAUGACAGACGGAAACAGCAGGAAAUCUGUGCUGAAUUAAACUGCAAGGUUCAGGAAAUGCGUGCACAUCAAGAGGAAAUGGCUAGACUGGAAGCAGCUAUUGCUGUGCAGAAGAGAGAAAGAGAAUUGGAACAAGAGAGGAAGGAAAGAGAAAAGGAAAUGUGCCGUAGAACCAUGGAUAAAGAAAAAAUAAAGCAGUUCUGUGCUGAAAAGCAACGUAAGAGGGAAGAACUAGAACAAAAACAUCAGCAGCGACUUAGAGAAUUGAAAAAUGAAAUGGCAGAGCAAGCUAAAAGGGACAGAGAGUGUGUGAAGCACCGACAGGAAUUGUUACAGAAACGUCGUCAAGAAAGAAAAGCACUAAUUUUGCAGCAAAUACAAGAGGAAGAAGAAAGGCAAAAAGUACUCGAUGCUUACUGGCAGAAGUUUUCUGUCACUGCUCAGUUUGAUCCUGUCAGGAUGAUGGGUGACACAGAAGCAUCGAAAGCCCGAACUGGAACUGGGACACAAGAAGAAUUCUUGCUCCAAAAACCUUUAUUUCAUUUGUGCACAUACACAGAUAAACAGGUGGUGGCUGAUCCUCGUGUUCGAAUUGAACAAGCACUACGAGAAGCAGGACUUCACAAUACUUUUUAUGCACGGGAGGUUUUAUCAAAGAUUCCUCCAACAAGGCCACCAAGGAGAGAUAUGGAGUCUACUCUUUUUAAAGACUGAAUUUAUUUGAGAGAUUGACAAUCGGACAUGUACCAUUCUCUCAACAUCAUGGCACGUCUCUGACUCACUUAGAGUUCUCCACUUC